UUGGGAAAUUUUAUAUACUUUUAAAAUAAGUAUGUAUUAUAAAUAUUACAAUUUAUUAAAUUAUUGUAAGGAGAGCUAAUAUUGAAAGUAUUUAUAAAAAUAAUGGCAGAUAUUGAAGGAAAUGCAUCAUUUAGUAAAAACCGGAAAAGUAUAUCGCCAUCCUUUGAAAAGAAAAGUAAUUCAGAAAAAUCCCGGUGCCGCAAAGUACGAAAAAGAAAAAGGCCACCUUCAGACGAUGAUAUUGAUUUGGAAUCGGAAAAGGAGUCGGAAAUUGAUAUUUCAUUAGAAAGAAAGCUGAGAGAAUGUGCAAAACGAAAUAAUCUAUCCCCAUUAGAAGUUAAAAAACUUCUAAGGAAAAUUGUGGGAAAUGAUCAUGUUUUAGCCCUUGUUAAGCUUCAAGAAGAAGAACUGAAUAAAAACGAAAGUCUAAGUACUCCAUCUAAAAAUGGGAACUCAACGCCCUCAAAAGAUGAUAAAAGUAUAGAUAGUACACCAAAAUUAACCAGAGCAAAAGCUAAAGCUUUAAAUAAAAAACCAGUUAGUUUGCCAUCGUUAAAUGAAAUUGAACCAGAACCAGAAGUUACAGCCCUAAUAACUGAAGAAAUGAACACUGAUGACGAAGAUGAUGAAUAUGAACCUAAAGAAGAAGAUUAUGUUUAUUCCGAAGAUGAUUUUAAUACAACAACAUCAGAUCUCGAUUCACAACCUAGAACACCAUUAGCAAAUAUAAGCUAUUGUUCUGAGGCUGAAUCUCCCAAUAAGUUUCAAUCAACAUCACAAAAAUAUUCCAGUGAUGGAGUAUUCAAAAUACCAAGAGAGAGAACUACUAGUGGAUUAACAAAAGAGGAUGAGAUAAUUGCUAAGAGGACUAGAUCAAAAUUAUGUUUACAAACAACAUCAAUUGAAGCUAUCGAAUCAAAUUUUAUGCCACCUGAUAUAACAAGAGACAUGUAUGAAAUCGAUAACGAAAUCGAUCAGGAAUGGGCACAAUUUUUGAAUGAAUUUUCAAAACCAUUAAAUCAUACAGCAAAUGCAGAAGAAGAUGAUCCAGAAGAUCCGGAGUAUGUUGCUGCUGACAAAAUUCCAAUUGAUGCUGAAGAACUGAAAGAGGUUAAUAUUUCUAAAAAAGAAUUGAGUGACUUGGUAGCCGAACUGUUUGAUGGUUUAAUACAAGAAGGCGUAUUUCUUGAAGAUAUACCUGAGCUUGAAACUCCAAGGAAAAUAUCAGAUGAAGUAAUUGUUCAAAGAUCAGUGACUAAAAGUCCUCAAAAGAAAAAAAGCAAAUUUUGUAUUAAAUCUCAGCCAAUAUUUACAUCACCAACCUAUGAACAUUUUUCAGAUAACAAUUUGGAUAUGGCGAAUGAACCAGUGCGGUCUGAAAACUUAAUUACUGUAAGUUCCAAUACAACUGGAGUAGUGUCUCAAAACUGUCAGGAGGUGAAUGAACAUUUGAUAAAUAAUCAAAAUGAUUCAGUAUUUUCUCCAAAUGUUAUGUCUACUCCUUUUAUUAAUACCCAAACUGCAAGAACAAUACGAGCAACACAAGAAUUAUCACAAGCAAAAGUUGUUGAUUACAGUUAUAUUAACAGUCAAUCCAACUAUACUCCAAUGCGUUCAAGUACAACACUGGUAAAUUGUAUAUCUCCUAACGCUCGAGUAUGUCCAUAUGAGAAUAAUGAAAAUUAUUCAUCCAGGGUUAUAUCUUCAUAUAGUAUUGAACCUCAAUCCGUAAAUAAUGAAAUAAUAGGGUCACAUCAACGUGUAGUAACCUUAAUAGCUUACCCUGCAAACGGUGGUCCCCCUUGUUACAAAAAAGUUCCGAUUUCAUCACUUAGUUUAAUAAACCCCAAGAACAACAAUUUUUGUAAUGAAUCGCCAAUAAUUGCAACUUUGAAUGCAAACACAACAACAUUCAGCGAUAUUGUAGAUUUGACGAGCGAUUUUACAUGUAUUCCACAGCCAAAAUUAUACGGAUCAUCAUUUCGGACUAAGUCAGGAUUCAUUUCUCAUACAGAACUUUUUGAAAUGUGGAAAGGUGACGCACAUAAAUCUGCAGAAAAAUACUAUAAAAUGUUCUAUGAGAGGAAGUACAAUACAACAUUAAAUAAUAUUCGUUUCGCAACAUUAACCAACAACUACGACAGUACACAAAUUGGAUUUACCUCUGAUCAAAAGAAACUUUUUGAACAGCAGUUGCGAAUUCAUGUCCAAAUUUUAACUCAAAACUACUUGCAAACUUACAGUCAUCCACAAUUUUGGCAAAAAGCUAAAUCGCAAAAAGACUUGCUAUUAGACCUAGAAAGCAAAUGUUCAUUAAAUGAAAACUCAGCUUUCAAUGCCUGGAAUUUAAAGAAUGCUAUCAAACUAAUAAACUGCUGGGAAGUCGAAUUAUCUGAAGAAAACGAAGAAAAUCAAAAUUUUAUGGAUUUUGUUCACCAUCAAAUCGAACGGAUUGAAUUAAAUAGAAGACCUCGUAGUCAUAGAAUUAUUAAGUUUCCGCCUAAAACUAUGAAAUUAGUGUUAAAAAGUAAUGUUUUUUUAUAUCCAGAAUUUUUACCAAGAUUACCAUUUGUUAGCAGUAGUCAUGCUGAUUAUCAUGAUCUAGCGCCGGUAGAAUCUCAUCUUUUAGCAUUUGAGUUAGAGAAGUAUCUUCCUGGUGUUUUAGAUUUAUUAAAAAACGCACACAAAAAAACUAGUGCAGUUAAAUUGGCUUGCGAUAAAAUUUCCAAUGAAAUUAUGACUGGAAAAUCUGGUAGACGAUUAUAUGAUUUUUAUAAACAAGAAUUAGAAAGUGAUAACUAUAAUCCAAUUAAAUAUUUUAACGAAAGAGGAAAAGCACCCCCAUUUGAACAUUUGAUAAAACCAUUUGACCCUAACUGUAUUUUACCACCGAUAGCAAAAAAACAACAAUUACCAAUGUUGUGGAAGGAAUUCGCCACAGAACUUGACGCAUCUGAAAACAAGAACGAUAUAAAACAAAAAGGUAAUAACAAUUUUACUAACGAAAUCGUAUGGGCAAAAACUAAACAAGAUCUAAAACUAAGAAGAAAAGAACGAAAAGAUCAGAAAAGAGAAAGGAAAAAAGAAAAAGAAAGGUCACGAGAACUAAAAAAUAAAAAACCGAAUGGACAAAAUGUAAUUAUUAAUUUAAAUUAUGUACUAGAAAAUCCUAGUAAAUAUGAUAAUAAUGGAGAACGUAUUUUUCAACCAAAUAAUAUGCAAAACAAUAAUAAUAAUAAUAAUGGUUCUACAGCACUUGUAACAAAAAUGGAGAGAAGAACAUCUACAACAGAUUAUUCUCAAGUUUUUACAAAAAUACAUGAGCCUUUAGAUCUUAAAUUUGGAGACGAUGCUAGUUAUUUAAAUCAUUUAAAUGUUCAAUAUCCCCUUAAAAAUAAUGUAGAAAAUUCUAAUCCUGUGCAAGUUCAUGAGUUUACUAAUAAUGAAAUCAUAGAAAACAUAGAACCUGAAAAUGAUUUUACUAUAGAUAAUUCAGUAAAAGAUAAGAGUACUGAUCAAAAACGUUUAACUGACUAUUUUUCUUUAGCCCCAAAUAAAAAUGAAACAACCAAAUCAUCAGAAUCAAUAGCUUAUAACAGUAACGUACGUAAAAUAUUUAUAUCGGAGAAAACUUUGCAAUCUCAAAUUUCAGUACCAACGCAUGAACAGAAAGAGAAACGUUUACUUAAAUUAUUUAAGUUACAAAAUAAAGGAUUAAAAUUUUCUCUUAGACGUUCCAGAUAUGGUUUUCGAUCAUUCCGAAUUAUAAAACGCUUAAAAGAUCGAAAAUGUUUGCGAAAUAAAUUACAAAAUUUAUUACUUCGAUAUUGGAAAUACUUAUAUCAAAUGUGCAACAAAUACAAAAACAUAUUUUUAAAAAAAUGUUUUAUACAUUUUAAAAAAAUUGAAAUUUAUUCCGAUUUUCUUGAAAAUUUAAAAAUUUUAUGUCAUAACACUUGUUUACCUAAUUCUACACAAUUCAAAGUUUCAAGAAUUGAAAAUGGAGAAUCAUCUUCGGAUACAAUAAGCACAUUUGGAGAAAGUUUAGUACAAAUUUUAAUGCCAAAAAAUUUUGAUAUAAGUAAAGAAUCAGAAUCUAUAAUCAAUUCAAAAAACUUCUUUGAAAAAGUGGAAGAAAAAUUUUGCAAUUCUGGAAAAGGUUUGAAAUUCAAAAAAUUUCUUUCUAUUUUAAAAAAUUUUAAUCCAGAAAAUAAUUCAAUUUUAUGGUUUUAUAAUAAAAUGGAAAAAAUAUUUUUACCGGACCAUAUUGAUCUAGCGCAAAUAUUUCUACAUUUUCUUUUGCCAGUUGAAGCGUCUGAAGCAAGUAAUUUCUUUAGAAACUAUAUGAUAUCAAAUAGUGAAAAUUUUGCAGAAAAUUUGAAUCGAUAUUUUGAAAAGUAUGAAGAAGUUAUUCCAAAAAUUUAUGACUGUCUAAUGGAGUUAGACCAACAAAAUUUAGAAUUACAAACGGAAGAUAUAAAAAUAAAAUUAUUAUCACUUAUAAAUCGUGACAAGUUUUUAGAAGAAUGGUUAAAGCAAAUUUUCGUUGAAGAAAACCUUGAGGAAAAUUCAAAUAUUCGUUCCAGUCAAACUAGUAUCACAUUUAAAGUGAGCGAUUUAAUAAGCAAUUUAUCAGAGCUUCAACCCUCUGAAUUAAAAUAUAUUGAUGCUCGUUCAACAUCAAUUUCAAAAGUAUUAUUACCAGGGUACCUUUGUUCUUUAGCAAAUUCUUUAUUAAAUAAUAAAACAAUUGCAGUUAUUAGCUUAGAUGAUUCGCAACUGAAUAAAAAUAAUAUUGAAAGAGCACGUAAUAUUGUCGAAAAUAAUGUAGUAAUCGAUAAUAAAAAAUCGGAGGAAGAAUGUAAAUUUAAAAAUAUCAAGGAUUUAAUUGAGAAUAUUAGCUUAGAUAGCGAAAAUAAUAACGAUAAUAAAAGCACAUCGCAAAAUUUUAACAAUCGGGCAAAUGAUGGAAGUGAAAGGAGUUCACUCAAUGAAAAUGAAAAUUUAGCAGAAUGUGAAGAAAACUUUUUGGUUAAUGAAGAUAAUUCUACAAAGUCAUUGUUUGAUGAACCAGUGCAUCAAAAUCUAAAUGAAAAUGGAAAUAAAAUUGAAGAGAUAUCACACGACUUAAGGGAGGACUUAAAUUUUUCAAAUGAAGAAAUACGGUGCAAAAAUUCUAGGAAAAAUGAAGCAAUACAUAAAAGUAAAGAAAUUAUUAAAACUGAAUUGAAAAAAGACAAGACAGCUAAUGAAAAAAUCUUUAAAAAAAAUAAAAGUAACGACGAUAAUGGUAUAAAACAAAGUUCAGAUUGUACGGAUGUAGAACCAAGUGAUGAGAAUUUAAUCAAAAAUAAAAAACCAAGUGUAUUAGAAUGGAGCAGAGAUGAAGAUCGAACAAUUUUAGAAGAAGCAAGUUUGAAUUUUGAAACAAAUGAAAAUUUAAUAAAAUCAAUCUCUGAAAAAUUACCUAACAGAAAUUUAAUAGAAAUUAAUGAUAGAUAUAGUUUUUUAAUUAACUUAUUGUCGCAAUUAAAAAAUAAAGAAAGAUCCAAUAAUUUAUUAUUUAUCAAAUUUUCAUGUACACAAAAUAAAUCGGCUGAGAAAAAGUAUUUUUUUCUUGAAAAGAAUUUAAGACAAAAUAUUACAGUCUCUUUUUUCAAUAUGAGUUUGAAAAAAACUAAAUUAGAAGGAGAUUGUCUUGAUCCAAACACAGCACUUCCUAUUAAAAAAAGCAAACAUGACGAGGAUGCAGCUAGAUUGAAAAAAGCAAAUAGAUUAAAAGAAAAUUUAAGGCAUAUGUUAUUAGCUGACAAUCCAGAUGAUCAGGAUAUUAAGAAGAAAAAUGCAAUUUAUGCAUAUAAUUUUUUUGAAAAGGUCGAAGAAACAUUUGUUAAUUCUGGAAAAGAACAUAAAUUUAAAAAAUUUGUCAGUAUUUUGAAAUCUUUUGAUCCAGAGAAUGAUAAUGCUGUUGGUUUAUAUCAAAAAUUAGAAAAACUUUUCCUUCCAAAUCAUCCAGAUUUAAUUGAAAUAUUUUUGACAUUUCUUCAGCCAACAGAAGCUUAUCAAGCUGGAAAAUUUUUUGAGCAUUUCAUAGUUACAAAUAUGAGCACUUUUAUCAAUAAAUUAAAUAUAUAUUUUAAUAAACAACCAGCACAAAUUCGUAAAAUUUAUAAUUGCUUAAAUGAAUUAUCUGAGGACAAUGAUCUCACACUAGAUAAAAUUAAGAGCAAAAUUCUACCACUUUUGAAAGGAAAUCAAUAUCUUAUUGACUGGUUUUUGCAAGUAUUUCCAAGUGAAAAACCUCCCGAAAGUAUUUUACAAAUUAAUGAAACUGUGAAUCUGAAAGAAAUUGAUUCAAAUCAAAAUGGAAUAAUAUAUGAAACUUUACAACUAAAAGAUUUAAUAGAUGAUUUUCCAACAGAUGUGCAAUCAUGUCAAUUAAAGUAUUUUAAUGGUAGAAUAUUUUAUGGGUCAAGAUUAUUGCUUCCAGCUAAAUUAUCUUUCAUGGCUGAACAUGCAAAUGAUGAGCUUGAUAAAAGCUCAAUUUAUAAUGAACCCUUAUCUAAAAUGAAAUGCGUUCAUGAUAUAAGACAACUUGGAGAAGAAUAUUUAAGAGUUAAAGACAGUUAUACAAACAGUAGUGAAAAUGAAAAGUCAGAAGACGAUGAUCAAAUAAAAGAACAUCCAAAAUAUGAGUUUUGUGAUGAAGCAACAUUACGCAUGCAUGCUGUUAGAUUAAAUCCUUCUUUAUACGCUACAGAAAAUUUUACUGGGCAUUUUUAUAAAGCAAAUCGUUCUGAAGAUGGCAAAUGUUCACCAAAAAAACAAUUUGCUCGAACAACAACCAUGUCUUGCCCCAACAACAAAGAUAAGUAUAAAUCUCCAAAAAAAAAUUUUUUAAAAUCUCCGCUAUCUGUACCGAACAAUUUAAUAAAAAAACCAUUGAAUAACGAAUCAAAUGUUUUUGCAACUGCAAGGAAACUUAAAGCUCUAUGUGAAGAAGAAAUCAAUGAGAAUCAAUUAGAAGAAUCCAAUAAAGUAAGGAAAAGAAAAAUUCAGAAAACUAAAUUAAAAAAUCAAGAUAGCGGUUCUGAAAAUCAACCAGAAUCAAACGAAUCUGAAUGUGAAACUGAAAACUCCGAAAAUACAUCAAUUUGCGAUAUUCAACAAACACAACAGCAAUGGACAAGAGAAGAGGAUAAAAUUAUAUUAGAAGAAGUAAAGUUAGGUUUUGAAUUACACGAAGAAUUAAUGAAUAGAAUUGCAAAAAAAUUAACUGGAAGAUUAGAAAAUGAAAUCAAUAUUAGGUAUCAAUUUUUAAUGGAUGUUCUUUCACAGUUACAGAAGAAAAAUUAAUUUUUUUUAAAAUAAAAUAAAAUAGUUAAUUCCUUAUUAUAAGUAGUUAUUACACAUUAUAAGUAGUUUUAGGAUUUAUUAUAUGUACAUGCAGAACCAGUCAUUAAAUAUUUUUGAAUCGCCA